UCCGUAAUCUGCGUGACCCUGCACGAGUGACGAACAGCGCUCAGUGUUUCACGGUGUUGCAAGUUGGCUGUACGAAACGGGAUAAUCGGUGUAGUUGUAUGACUUGUAAUGAUUGUGAUUUUACUUACGUCGCAAACCGUAUUUAGUUUCACAUGCCUUACUGCAGAUAGCUAACCGAGAGUGUUUCACGUAAAAACUUUCAUAAUGGUCUCCGAAGCGUUGAUAACUUCAUUGCCGCAUGAGGUAAUCGAGUACAUGCUGGAGCGUGAAAAUGUCAAGAUGACUGACAUCAUAAACCUCGCCUUGACUUGCAGACACUUGUAUAUAAUAAUUACAGGGAGCAACAAACUCUGGAGAGCGAAAUUUUUCCAAAGGUGGCCAGAUCUAAAAGAAAUUUACGAAACAACCGAGAGGACCAAACCACGAGUGUCGAAUUGGUUGGACGAGAUAAAGAAAUCUGUAAUGUACAGAAAGAGGUUGCAGCAUCAACUGUCUCUCAUGUCUGCCAAGUAUUAUAAAAAACAAGAGCUUUCUAAUUCCGAUUUGAUUGAAUUCGAUGCGCCAACGAAUUUGAAAAAUGAAGGAUAUUUACUGGGAUGCCAUUUCCUAAUUGACGAGCUUAUUACCCUUAUCAAUUGUCCAACAAAAAGAAGCAACCUGACCCACAAGUACUAUGCUUACAAAGUCAUAAGAUACCUUCGACAGAAUUGCUUGAGAGAAGAGUGGCAGGCAUAUAUUAAUCUUCCGGCAAAAGACCAGAUUUUAGAACGAGGUGCCGUUUUAGUUGCUCAAUGGAGUCAGCCAGAGUUGCGAAUUUCUUACUCGUCCAUAUCUGCGACAUUGGAUAGGAUCGCUGAACAAGUCAAAGAACAUCUGAGGGAGCAGAAUCCUUCGCAUCCAAUUUUUUCAACCUCCAAAGAACAAUUCGAAUUAUGGAAAUUGGCCAACAUUGAUGACAAUCAAUGGAGCGGUGUAAAUUCGAGACAAGUUAUCACCGCACUUUGUGAAGUCAUGUUCAAGCGGCUUUGUUUCCACGGAAAUAGCGAGAUGUUCUAUUCGUCAGAGAAUUCUUUUAUUAACAGGGUACUUGAAAAAAAACAUGGUAUUCCCAUUACAUUGGCAAUAGUGUUUGAAAGUAUAGCACGAAGGCUUGGAGUUCGGUGUGAGCCAGUCAGUUUUCCUGCGCACUUUUUGUUACGUUGGAAGGAGAAGUAUACCCUCCCAGAAUCGGAAGAAGAUGAAAGUUUUUACAUAGAUGUAUUUUAUGACGGACAACUACUGACCAAAAACAGUUGUCCUAAAAUUAGCGGUACGUCACGAUGUCCCAUUCAACGGUAUAACAUUCACAAUGCCGCCACUGCCAUAGAGGUUAUCGGACGUAUGGCAAAUAACUUGGAAGUAGCUGGACGGCAACGCACUCAACUCAAUAACAGAGCAGCUCGUCUCCGUUCAGCCUUAGAGCUUUUACAUCUUGUACAGCCAUACGAUACAAGUACCAUAUUACAUCUUGCUCGCUUUUACAUGCUCCAUCAGAUGGAUCUAGCAGGUUUAGUCAACACGCUUAACACGAUACAACGGGAUCUCGAGAUUGGGUCAAGAGGACAGGCUAAUCAUAUUUUACAAAUGCUCCACGACUAUGAACGGCACAUGAAGGAUGUUCCUGAGGAACACAUAUUACCAAAAAAGAGAAGACCGGAAGUAUUGUAUGCGAUUGGACUGAUCAUGAAACACCGAACUUAUGAUUACUUGUGUGUAAUAACUGGAUGGGAUCCACAUUGCGCAGCUACGACGGAAUGGAUGACCGAGAUGGGCGUAGACGAACUUUGCGGUGGAUCAAAUCAGCCCUUCUAUAAUGUAUUUGCUGAGGAUGGGUCGUCACGUUAUGCUGCCCAAGAGAAUUUGAUGCUUGCCUGCCCACCGAAGUGGGUAAAUCAUUACGAGAUUGGAAGGUAUUUCUGUAGAUUUAAUGAAACCCAUUAUGUACCAAACGAGGAAAAAGCAAGGGAGUAUCCAGAGGACGAAGAAAUACGAGUUCGCAUAGUGGAAGCUAAUUAUAUUCAAGCCCAAGAAAUGCAACUCAGGAUGGUUACACCAAAUUGAAAAUUCCUUGUCAAACCUCCGGAACAAUCAAUAGGCAUUCGUUGGUUUAUUUAUUUAGCGAGCAGUUUAUCCUGGAUGUUCCAGUUUUGGAGUCCAAUCCCAGAGUUUUACGGACGUGAAUUUUAUUUCAUACUGUAAAUACAAUAUUCACAUCAUAUACUCAUACUCUGAACCAGGAUUGUCAAUUCGAAAUUACUGAGUCCAGGGCAGUGGCACUCAAGCACAAGUACACAGCCACCAAAGAGUCACUUUGCCCAUUGGAUGAAAGCAUAAUUAUUCUCAAUAGUGUUUCAUUCAAGACUCAUUGCCUGAAAGCUUAGAAUAACUUGAGUUAAAAAUCCAAACAAAACUAGAUUAAGCAUUGUGCAAGUAUUUUACACAAGUAUAUAAAUAAAUGCGACUAAUGUACUGAUACAAUAUUUGGUUUACUAAUAAAUAUAGACGAUGUAGCAUCCGAAGCUAGGCGUGCACUAGCGCCUAUAAAAACACUUGUAUUGCGUCAUAUGGCAAUUGUUUUUUACUCAAUUUGUUUAGUUAGAUGCAAGUAGUAUGGUUAUUGUUAAUCAUCCACGUCAUUAUUAUUUAGCAUUAGAUUCUUUCACGUUUUGAUCAACGCUAUGAGACUAUUUGUUGAUUUGAUUGUCAAUCAUUUCGUUUCAUAUAAAUAGGGACAAUACAUCACAGUCAAAAAUAUAUUAAAGAUUAAGACUACAAAAUAUACGAACAAUGAUAAUGAACAAAAGUCAAAUAAUCAGUAAAAGUGUUGACCUUAGAAAGAGAUUAACUUCUGACAAGCAAUGAGGGUGAAAUUUCCCCCUAAAAAUCUUGUACUCUUGGAGCAGACUGUAAGGAUCGAAGCCCUUCAACGUUCAUUUUUAUUUGUUUAGUUCAACUUAAUUACUUUCGUAACACAAUCAUUUCAUGCAGAAUUGUUUGAUCUUUAAUUGAAAAAAAAAAUAAAUAAAAAAUUUCACUAGCUUUAAUAGAAGCCGAUAUUUUUGAAAUGGAUUUUCCUCUGGGUAUAUUUACACUCAUUGCCACGAAAGGUAAACGGUUUUGAUUAUUAACAAGUUAUUAUAACGCAAAAACACUAUACUAUGCCUCUGAGAGGACAAACUUACACAUUAGGUAUUGAUCAAGAAACCUUGCUUUAAAACCACAGAUGUCAAACAUUAUAAUCUUGCCUAUAAACUUUAACAAAGUACAAUUUUUACAACGUAUACUCAAGGAACAACCCAGUUUUACGUGUAUAAGAAAAAAUAUGGUAAUUGACAACGCAAACAAAUGAUAAAAACUGUUGUAAAAUAUUCAUGUCAUCAGUGGUAUUAUGUAUUGUAAUAUACUUUUCUCUUCCUAGCUCCAGAAAUUGAUGUUUCAUUCGUAUUGGUCACCUUCAAUUGGCUAGUUUACUUGGAAUUAAAUUUUAAUUGCUAAUUGCAACGAUCGUGUUCAUCGUUGAUUACAAACAAUAGGGCAGAAAAAUAUUAAAAUGUUUCAUUUGUAAUGCUUUAUUCAAACCAUAUUUUAUUCAUUUGUAAAUAAAUAAUUUUUGCAAUAUUUAUGAAAUCUAA